AUGAAUGAUCGUCCAGUGCUGACUCUACUUGGUGUCUGUGAUAUCUAUCCUACUGGGUGGUUUGAGACUAUCGCUAGCGUGAUCGCAGACCCAGUACAGACGGCAAUCACCCACAGGAUCCUCAAGUCUUUGCGUAUUGUAUCAGUGCUGGACUUCUUCGCUCGCAUUGGUGUGAACAUGUUUCUCUGCGUGCGCUUGCAUUAUAUUGUGGGCCUUCUCCACGACUCGAGUUGGCGGAAGAUACAUCCUUAUAAUGUUGAUGCCAAGCACCGCUACCUCGCUGGAGCAGUCUUCUUGUGUCUUGCUGCAAUGGUCGUGAUAUUCGUCGAGGAGAGCCUCCGCACCUCAACGCUUGCAUGCAAGCCCCACGAAGAAUGCCGAGUGAAUGUGUGGCGAUGGACAAACCUUCCGUCUGAUUCCUUAAUACAAUGCCCAUGCUUGACAAUGAUCGAUGAAGAUAAAACCCCGAAGCCUUACGCGGAGUGGAUUCGGCCAAAGGACUUGACCGAAAAAGUUGCGCAGCGAGCUGGAACAGGAGACCUCCAAACGAUUCAGCUUACCAAUCGAUUCCUGUCUGUUUUGCCGUCCGAGCUACAAUGGUGCGAGCAGCUCAAACACGUGUCAUUGAUUUACACGCACAUCGUGGAGCUACCCGACUGGUUCAAAGACUUUACCAAGCUGGAGUAUCUGCACAUCGAAGGCAUUCCCGAACACUCGCUGCUACCACUGCCAGACGACUCGUUCAGUUCCAUGCCCUCGCUAACGUUUAUUCACCUGGCCUGCCAUCCAUCGCUGGCGGUUCUUCCUUCAUUCGACGGCCUCAUGGGACUGAAAUCGCUGACGCUGGCGGUGCUGCUUUCAUUGACCGAACUACCAUCUUUUGAACAUCUCGACAGCCUCGAGAGACUGCAACUGUCGAGCAUGACCAGCCUCACACGUUUACCAGAUCUGCCACCGGUUUCCACCACACUCAAGUCGUUCGUGGUAUCCGAUCGCGGAACUGGUGCUGCAAUGGCUUUCUGGGCACGUGCAACUUGCAGGAUCCUCUUUGUGGUGUACACCCAGUAUUUGAGACGCCAGCAGCGUCGUGUCUGGCGGAUAAUACUGCUACACCAGGUACUAUUGCUGUAG